UGUGAUUAUUUCGCUUCCGGGAUGAGGAUAAAUGUAUAAAGCGCACAGCUACUUUUCUCCGUGUCUUGUUUGUUUUGUUUGAGCGGUUUGCUUUGAAUUGGUUGAAACAUGGAGGUGUAUGGUUUGUUUUUGUGCGUUUGCCUCGCUGUGGGAGGAAUGGCGGGGAAAUACUCCCGAGAAGUGAAUGAGCAGAAGGUGGAGAGUGAAGGGAAAACCGCCGUGGAGUUUCGCAUCGCUAAAUUAAACCAGGUUUGGGAGAAGGCGAACAGGAUGCAGCUCGCCCCAAGGCGGCUGUCUGAGCUCCACAGUGACCUGAAGAUUCAGGAGAAAGAUGAGCUUCAGUGGAAGAAGCUAAAGGCAGAGGGACUAGACGAGGAUGGCGAGAGAGAGGCCAAGCUCAGGCGCAACUUUAACAUCAUCCUGGCCAAGUACGGAAUGGACGGUAAGAAAGACAACCGUGCCUUGGAUAGCGCCAACCUUAAAGACCAUGAUUCCAAACUGGGAGAAAUAUUUGGAGACCCAAGACUGGAAAAACUGUGGAACAAAGCAAUGACUUCAGGAAAGUUCUCUGAGGAGGAGCUGCAGAGUCUGCGCAAAGAGUUUGAGCAUCAUAAGGAGAAGAUCCACGAAUACAACAUCAUGAUUGACACAGUGAGCCGGACCGAGGAAAUCCAUAAGAACGUGAUCUCUCCACUGGAGGGAGAGGAGAAGAAGCCCAGCCUUCACGAGAAACACACAGACCUUAAGCAGAAGAUGAGGGACCUGAACCAGGGCUUUGAGCGUCUACGCAAAAUCACACACGAAGGCUUCGACAGCGACAAUGAGUUCAAGGAGCCCAGGGUUAUAGAGCUGUGGGAAAUGGCCAGAAGAUCUAAUCUCAGUGAGGAUGAGCUUGAUUCUCUCAAGGAGGAGCUGAAGCAUUUUGAGACAAAAGUAGAGAAGCACCACCACUACCAGGAACAGCUGGAGUAUUCACAUCAGAAACUGCAGCACAUCGAGGCCAUGGGCGAUAAGGAACACAUCUCGAGACAUAAGGAGAAAUACAACACACUUGCCGAGAAAGCACGAGAGAUCGGAUACAAGAUGAAGAAGCAUUUGCAGGAUAUAACCAACAAAAUCUCCCAAAACGGACUGCAGCACAACGAACUCUGAGCACGACCUCCUCUUCCCACCAUUGCUACACUGAAAAUCCUUCAUUCCAAAUGCAUUGAUUAUAGUGUGGGUGCACUCAUUGAUUUUUCUUUUUUAAAAGGUUGUUUAAAUAAUUUUAAUAUUCACAAGAACAUUUGAAAUCCACAGCACUGAUUUAUUUUAUUGUUAAAGAAAUGACAUAACAUGGUUUGUAUUUGAUUGGAAGCAAAACCCUUUUUGAAAGUUUAGGUACAAAAGCAUAUGUACAGUAUGGUGAAUUUUAUGUGCAGUCAUUAUUCGUGAGUGUUUGAGCUGCUGAAGGCAUUCCCACAGGAGGGGUGCAGGUUAAACUUAGAAUGCAAUAUUUGAUUCACUGGUACUUUUCAGAGUUUUAGAAAUCUUUCAAAAAAGCUCAUCUUUUUUUUUUUUUUGCAUUUGUUAUUUGAUAAUGUAAUCUCUGUAAAUAAAAGACAAUUGUUCAUUCCGUUA